GUUGUGAAAGCAGAAAAAGGAUAAAAAACUGUUGGCAUAGUGACCAAUUGACCUUGCUUAGGAGAACACAACUUGAAACAGUCAUCAAAUUUUCCUUAAACUUGAAACGAGCUGCAGGUCAUCAAGGCGGUAUCGUCAAAAAAUUGUUUUUCCUAUUACAUACAAAUAAACUUGACACAUUUAUUGCAUUUGUGUCAUACAGGCGCAAAUAAAAAAACGUUUAAUCAUUCCCAUUCAGUAGUUUCCGCAAACAACAGCGAAAACUUUUCUUCCGUGUUGUGUGUUACAUCAUAAUUACAAUUUUCCAUUAAAUUUUUUUGAUUUCGUAUAUCAUCUCUAAGGAUUCAUUUAUAAAAUAUGUCGGAAACGAAAUUCAAGAAAGUAACCCACUGCAUUUUUGAUAUGGAUGGUUUGCUUUUGGAUACGGAACGUUUGUAUACAGACGCCACACAACGAAUCCUGAAUAAGUUCGGCGACCAAGUUUAUACUUUCGAUGUUAAACUGUCUCUAAUGGGCAUGGUACAUAUGGAUAUGUGCCGCAAAAUCGUUGAUGUCUACAAACUACCCAUUACACCGGAGGAAUACUCCAAAUUACAAAAGCAGAUCAAUUCGGAAAUUAUGACCAAUGCCCAAUUUAUGCCAGGUGCUGAAAAACUAUUGCGUCACCUGCACAAACACAAUAUUCCAUUCUGUUUGGCCACCAGUUCUGGCGAGGAUAUGGUCGAAAUUAAAAUUACCCAUCACCAAGAUGUAUUUAAACUGUUUCACCAUCGAGUAUGCGGUUCUACCGAUCCUGAUGUUAAACACGGCAAACCAGCCCCAGAUAUUUUCCUUGUUGCUGCCUCGCGUUUUCCCGAUAAGCCAGAUCCCUCGCAAUGUUUAGUCUUUGAAGAUGCACCGAAUGGUGUGAAGGGUGCCCACAGUGCCGGAAUGCAAGUGGUAAUGGUGCCUGAUGAACGUGUACCAUUGGAAAUGUGCUCAUUGGCCACACAAAGAAUUCUAUCAUUGGAACAAUUCCAACCGGAAUUGUUUGGCUUACCACCAUUCGAUAAUUAACGAAUGAUAACAUUCUAAAACUUAAACCAUAAAUGAUUUUCGACACUUAACAAUUAUUUUUUUGUGAAAUUUCCAUAUAAGCUGUGUUUUUGGUGUCGUCCAACUAGUAGUGAACAUUUUUAGAAUGAUGAAAACAAUGUACCUUUUCUCAAAACUGGAAUAGAGUAUGUCAAGCUUAGCUUAACGUAUAUGUAAGUAGAUAUAAUGAAAUGAAAAUCUAUUGAAUAAAUAAAUGUGCAACAUAAUAUUUGGGUAAA